AUGCUCUCUCGUUUUAUCUCCAAAUCCUUACAUCUCCGACUGUUCACCCUACUUUCCCCCAACACCCAUGUCUUAAACCCUAAACCCAUUUCCCCUAAACCCUCAUUUCCACAUUUCUUACCCAACAACUCCUGUUUCUUUUCCACAGGUAACAACAAUGGCAAAGAUUCGGACCAUGAGGGAAUAGAAAGCCAAGUUCUUGAUGAUGGGUCUUGGGCAAAAGAACUAGGGUAUAAACCUUGGAGUUUUGAUGUGGAGGGGGAAGAAGAACGACUGUUUGAUGUUGGAGAAGAGGUUAGGGUAGGAGCUGAAAUGAAGGGGUUUAAAGUUGAGAAAAAGUUUCUUCAAUUGGAAGAGAAAGCUCUUAAUGAGGUUCUUAAAGGUUCUUGUAUGGAUGAAUUGACAAUAAAAAAGAGUACAAAGCCCUCAGUAAGUGUGUAUUCAGAAGAAGUUUUGGAAAUAAUUGAGAUAAUCAAGGGUGGUGGGGAGGAUUUGAGGCAACAGUUAAUUUUGGUGGCUUCAAAACUAUCAUUAAAGUGCGUCGUAGAGAUUUUUGACCUUUUGAAUGAACAAAGAAUAUCUGGAUUGAAGUUCUUUAAUUGGCUUCGGGACUCACAUCCUGAGUUUCACUGCAGUGCUUAUGUCAAUAGUCUGAUUAUUUGUAAUUGUGGAUGGUUAGAUGACUAUAAAACAAUGUUCUAUUUGUUGGAGGAGUUUAAGGCUGAAAAAACUUGUUUAACCGACAAGGCUUUUGGGUUCUUAACUGUAUUUGGAUCUUGUAAGGAUUCAUUGAUGAAUUCAACAAAGAAAGUGGUUGAUAUGCUAAAUGAGGUUGGAGGAUCCUGCUGUGGUUCUGGUGUUUGCGGAUUAAUCGAGAUGUUUUGCUGUUUGGACUUGUUUGAAAUGGCAACAUUUGUAAUAGAGAUCACUGAAAGAACAGCUUCUCUCUACAAUAUUUUGAUCCGUAAAAGGUGUCAGGCAGGCCAAAUUGAAAAAGCACGAGCAAUUAUCAAAGAGAUGUCUGAAUUUGGUUGUUCUCCUAAUACCAAGUCAUAUAACUACCUGCUUGGCUCAUUGUGUAAGAAUGAUAAGCUGGAAUAUGUGCGUAUUGUGCUUGAAGAAAUGAGAAAUAAGGGUCUCAAUCCAGAUGCAAUUACUUUUGAAACUUUAGUAUAUCAUUCAUCUAGUCGUGGUCAGGUUGAGUUUUCCUCUGAAUUUAUGAAUUUGAUGGUAAAUGUGAAUGUGGAACCACGUUCUACUACUCAUGCUGCAUUUCUUAAAGUUUUGCUUGAAGCAGGAGAGCGUGAGAAAGCAUAUAAGUAUGUGAUUGACAUGAGUGCCAAGUAUAACCACUGUGGAAAUACACUAUACAGCUUGCUUGUGAGGCUUAAUCAGAAGAAAGGAGACAUUAUGGCUGCUCAAAACAUUCUCAAUGAAAUGAUUGACAAGGGUCUCAAGCCAGACUUUGGAAUUUUCAUCAAAAUUGUAAAGCAGCUAAGGAAGACUAGAAGGAAAAGUUUAGCUCGAGAUCUUAGGAUGAAAUACUCGGUUUUCUAUUGUAGUACAAAAGCUAACAAUUCUUUAUCCAAUUCGUUUGUCCCAUGCCGAGGUUAAAUGCAUCUCUCUAGCUGGUUCGUCUGCGGAAGAAAGAUUAGGAGUGUGCAUAAUUUGAUUUUAACCGAAAAGGUGACCGAAGAAUAUUUUAGUUGUAAGUUCCUGUUUCACUCUUUGCUCU